GAGAAGUGGAACUCUUCUUUUUUGACAGCGAAAAACACACUCACACACACACACACUGUAGUGGAGUAUAAACUUUCUCUCGCUCACUCGCCGGAAUAUCCAUUCACCGGCGAACUCACAAAACGCAUCUCGAUCUAUCAAUUCACCGUCUCUGGAAGAAAACAUCAACCCCCACCGCAAUUCGAAAUACUCACCAGUAAUUUUUUUCUACAUAUACACACUGAUUAAAUUAAUUAAUUAAUUAAUCAAAUCAAUUACCCAAAAAUUCUAGAUUCAAGUACCGAUUGAGCUGUGUUUUCAUCCUUGCAUGGCUGGUUUACACCUUCCGCACACAGAAAAAACACACACACACUUAAUCACCGACGACAAUUAAUUGCAGCGAAGAUGGCGGUGUUAGAUACGGGGUUUGUGGACACCGAGCUCUCGAAGAAGACCUCGAUAUUCGGGUUGCACCUAUGGGUGGUGAUUGGAGUAGUCGUCGGAGUUGUGAUUGUGCUCAUCCUCUUCCUAUUAUCUCUCUGCAUCACCGCCUGUCGCCGCCGCAGCAGCGGCGGUGACAAGACUAAAAAUCGCCGUCCGGCGAGAGAGACUACUCCCGUCCCCUCCAAGGACAUAUCUGAAAUCACCCGCCACUCCGCCGCCGCCGAUCAACGCCCCAUUGUACCUACGGCAGUACCUGAGAUACAGAUAGAUAUGGGGAAGGUGGAGCACAGAGUGGUGUUUUCCGAUAAGGGAACAUCGAGCGGUGAGAGCCGGGCCACUAGUGGUGCCGACACUGGUUCAUUUGGCGGCAACAUUUCUUUGCCGGAGGUUUCUCAUUUGGGAUGGGGAAGAUGGUAUACUCUGAGAGAGCUCGAGGCAGCCUCUAAUGGCUUAUCCCACGAGAAUGUGAUCGGUGAAGGUGGUUAUGGUAUUGUUUAUUACGGUGUGUUGGCUGAUAACACCAAAAUCGCCAUCAAGAAUUUGUUGAAUAAUCGCGGGCAAGCGGAAAAAGAGUUUAAGGUGGAGGUGGAUGCAAUUGGGCGUGUUAGACACAAGAAUCUUGUUAGAUUGUUGGGGUACUGUGUUGAAGGAGCUUAUAGGAUGCUUGUGUAUGAAUAUGUGGAUAACGGAAAUUUGGAGCAGUGGCUACAUGGAGAUGUAGGGGAAGUCAGCCCUUUGACAUGGGAGAUUCGUAUGAGUAUAAUUAUAGGAACUGCAAAAGGCUUGGCUUAUCUACACGAGGGUCUCGAACCAAAGGUAGUUCAUCGAGACAUCAAAUCAAGUAACAUACUCCUCGAUCGUCAGUGGCAUACUAAGUUGUCUGAUUUCGGGCUUGCUAAACUUUUAAACUCGGAGAUUUCUUAUGUCACCACACGAGUAAUGGGAACAUUCGGUUAUGUUGCUCCGGAAUAUGCUUGCACUGGCCAGCUAAAUGAGAAGAGUGAUGUUUAUAGCUUCGGAAUAUUAAUUAUGGAGAUAAUUACAGGAAGAUCCCCUGUCGAUUAUGCUCGGCCAAAGGGAGAGGUUAAUCUUGUUGAAUGGCUAAAGAUGAUGGUGGGAAAUAGGAAAUCAGAAGAAAUAAUCGAUCCUAAAUUAUCUGAAAAGCCCGCCUCGAAAGCAAUGAAACGAGUGAUUUUGGUUGCUCUUCGAUGUGUCGAUCCUGAGGCACAAAAAAGGCCUAAAAUGGGAAAUGUCGUACACAUGCUGGAAUCGGAGGAUUUAGGCUCUCGUAAUGAACGACAAACAGGUCCGGAAUCUUCCAGGGACGAUCGUCAAACAAAGGCGUGAAGGUAUCUUUAACACUACCCUAUUUAUUCCAUUUCUUUGUCAAUUUCACUUUUAUUGAUCAACUGGCCAUCGUUUCCAAGUAAUUGUUUGUACCGUGUAUCUGUAUCAAUAGUCUCUGUAAAUUGAAUGAAUCAUUCUUUUAAAUAUAGAAACCACAUCGAAUUUUCGAAUUUA